AGACUUCUCACACGACUUUCAAAGUACAAAAAUCUCUGCCUGAAAAUUUAAAAACCUUUUGUUUUGUUUGGUCUCUCUCUCUUCCUCUCUUCUUCUUUUUUUUAUUUUAACCCUUUUCUUCUCACUCGCUAGCAAAAAAAAAAACAGACAAAGAAACUUCCUUUUUAUGAUAAAGAUCUGAUUCUUCCUCUUUUUCUUUUCUCUCUCUCUCUUUCUCAGGUAUGAUGAUAGCAAACAAAUGAUACACCCAUGUCUUGUGUGUCUGCUUCAUGCAACAUGUUGGUUUGGAUUUGGUUAAUCUAAAGUUCUCUUUUUUUUUAAAGAUAAGGUUUUCGGAUUCUCUUCCUGUCUUGUAAUAGUUUCUUGUCGGAGAGCCCAUCAGCCCAAAAAGAAAAAGAAAAAAAAAAGUUUUAUUUCUAAUUUUUACUGGAGAAGAAAAGGAAAAAAAUCAAUGGCGAAUCCUUGGUGGGUUGGGAAUGUUGCAAUCGGUGGAGUUGAGAGUCCCGUGACUUCAUCAGCUCCUUCUUUACACCACAGAAACAGUAACAACAACAACAACACACCGACUAUGACCCGUUCGGAUCCAAGAUUGGACAAUGACUUCACCAGUGGAAGCCCUAACAAUACUCAGACUCAGAGCCAAGAAGAGCAGACUAGCCGUGACGAGCAGCCCGCCGUUGAUCCUGGAUCUGGAUCCGGUUCUACGGGUCGGCGUCCUAGAGGUAGACCUCCUGGUUCCAAGAACAAACCAAAGAGUCCGGUCGUCGUCACCAAAGAAAGCCCUAACUCUCUUCAGAGCCAUGUUCUUGAGAUUGCUACUGGCGCUGACGUGGCGGAAAGCUUAAACGCCUUUGCUCGUAGACGCGGCCGUGGUGUUUCUGUGCUGAGCGGUAGUGGUUUGGUCACUAAUGUUACUCUGCGUCAGCCUGCUGCCUCUGGUGGAGUUGUGAGCUUGCGUGGUCAGUUUGAGAUCUUGUCUAUGUGUGGUGCUUUUCUUCCUACUUCUGGUUCUCCUGCUGCAGCCGCUGGUUUGACCAUUUACUUAGCUGGAGCUCAAGGUCAAGUCGUGGGAGGAGGUGUCGCUGGUCCGCUUAUUGCCUCUGGGCCUGUUAUUGUGAUAGCUGCUACGUUUUGCAAUGCCACUUACGAGAGGUUACCGAUUGAAGAUGAACAGCAACAGCAACAACAACAACAACAAGAGCAGCAACUACAGCUAGAAGAUGUGAAGAAGCAGAAGGUGAAGGAGGAUGAUGAUAACGAGAGUGGGAAUGAUGGAAACGAAGGACCGAUGCAGCCGCCCAUGUAUAAUAUGCCUCCUAAUUUUAUGCCUAAUGGUCACCAAAUGGCUCAACACGACGUGUUUUGGGGUGCUGCUCCACCUCGUGCUCCUCCUUCAUAUUGAUGAUGAUAGUUUAGUUAGGCGGUGGUGGUGGUGGUUGGGUUGGCACGUUUGGAAGGAUUAUAUUUUCCGUUAGGAUGGUUAGGCUUUUGUUUAUUAAAGCUAUUAUCAAGUAUCUUUUUUUUCUUACGGAUGAGAUCGGAUGACUUUUAGCUAGUGUUUGUUGGUUUGUUUUGUGACGGCUAUUACUGGUUUUUCUGACUUAAGACUAUUUUGAUCUCGAAUAGCUUUGUAUGAUGAAGGUGAAAUUGAUUGUAGAAUCGUCUUUGAAAUUUGAUGUUGGAAAAACCAAAGCAAAUGGUGUGUGUGUGUGUGUUUCUGCAAUGGAAGCAAUUACGACUAUCA